UGGCUCAAGGCGCGGCCCGAGGGGGCCGGCGGCGGGCGGGGUGCCGUGUCCUCCGCCGUGCACACUUUCCUCCUCCUCCUCCUCCUCCCCCUUGCCUCCCGCUCCCUCCUCGGCCCCCGCCAUCCCCGCUGCGCGCAUGGCGCAGCUGCUGGACAGCAGUGGGGCGCCGGCGGCGGUGGGGAGGAGCCUCGGCCGCUGGCUCUGCGGCGGGGACUUCGUGACCACGGAACCAGAGGCGCCGGAGGAGACGCCAGAGCCUGCGUGGCGCGGCCCGCUCGGCUUCCCCCGCGACUGGCCCGCCGUGUACACCUCCAGCCCGCGGCUGAAGGCCCUCAUCAGCAAGAGAGGGCGCAUCCCAGGCCGGCGCGUGUGCGUCGCAGGGCACCCCACGCGGGAGGAGCGCGAGGCCGCGGGCGUCCACGGCCUCCGCUUCCAUCCCUUGCAGAGCUUCUCGAACGCCGAGCGCGCGGCCGCCAACUCGGGCGCACUGUCCAUGGUGGAGGGCUGGGCCAUUUUCGAGCGGCUCGACCGCCCGCCUGGGGAGGUCUUCGUCGCGGAGCGCUACUGGUGGAACGCCCUGCCGGACGGGCGGUGGGUUGACCUCACGCCGCGGCCCGAGGCCUGCCCGACGCUGCUGCUGGCCGAGGCUGCGGACGGGGCGCCCAAGGCCCGGACGUUGCUGACGGCGGAGGAGGCGGCCAUGGCCGCGCGGCUGCUGGCCCAGCGCUUCCCCGCCGCGCUCGCGGCGGCGCGGGCGCGGGCGCCGGCGCCGGCUGCGCGGCGCGCACAGGAGAAGCCUCUGGCGGCGGUGGGGCCCGCCGCGGACCGGGACGCUUCGCUCGUGGACUAUUCCAAGUGGAGCAAGGUUGUCGAUUCGGACGACGAGGAGGACGGCUCCGUCGGCCCCCCCACGCCGGCGGCGGGCGGAGUCGCGGCAGUCGACGUGGGCGUGAAGGACCUCGCGGACGCCUGGCCGGCCCAGGGCUCCCCGCCGCCGCUGCCGCAGUAUUUGGUGGGCAUCGGCGCGGGAGGCGGCGGGACCGCCUGCCUGCUGCCCCUCGUCAAGCUGCUCGACGCUGGGGCGCAGGAGAACGACCACCUGCUGGCCCACACCUUCUCGCGGAUAUUCCGCUGCGGCAUUCAGGAUGCCCCGCGGCAGUGCUUCUACCGGGACGCCCUCGCCGCGGCGCCGCCCGGCGCAUUCGUCGUGGUGCUUGGCCUCGGCUCCGUGCUGCCUGCGCUCGCGGCCGCCCGCCGGGGCGGCGGCGCGCUGCUGCUGGAGAGGUCGACGAGGUUGGCGGCCUUGGCGAAGGAGCUGGCCAGGGCCAACGGCCUCACGAUGCCCGUAGCGCCCCUGCCAGCGGGGCUCGACAGCGAGAGCGCCGUGGCCGCGGCCCUGAAGCGGUACGCGCCAGAAGGCGUGGGGGAGGUAGUCAUCUUGACCGAGCGCUUUGGGCACGACCUCCUGUCGAACGGCAUCGUGCCAGCCUGCGUGGCCGCACACGCCGCGGUGCGAUCGGCCUUGCCUGGGGCGCGCAUUCAGCAUGUCCCACAGACCAUCGAGCUUGUGGCCGCACCAGUGGAGAUCCGCAGCGAGGAGCUGGGCCCAUUCGACAUCCGCUCCUUCAACGCCCUGCGUAGCACCUCGUCGAACGCCAAGGCCGACUUCUGGUGGUGGCCUGUACGGCUGGACAACCAGCCCAACACCAGGGUGAAGCUGCACGGGCCCGCGGAGCCGCUCUGCGGCUUCGACUUCCACAGGUCGCCCGAGAUCACCCUCGACGAGGUCCGCCGCCCGCUGAAGCUGAGGAUCACGUCGCGCGGGCGGUGCAACGGCGUAGCGCUGUGGUGGCGGGCGACGUCCGGCGGCCUGGGGUAUUCCACAGAGCCUCAGCUCGCGAAGGGGCAGGCCACGCAGGGCGGCGCCACCCAGGCGCGCUCGGAGUGGAAGCAGGCGGUGCACUACCUUGCAGGCGAGACGGACGUCUUUGUCGGAGACACGCUGGAGGUGCUCGUGUCCAUCGCCCCACGCUUCACCGUGCGCAUGAUGCAGCAGAGCCCCUUCUCGGUGGAAUCGCCGGCCUGGGUGCAGGCGCCGACGCACCCGGAGUUCGCGGCGACCUUGCCCAUUCUGCCUUAUCAUUUCCUCAUGCUCACGGACACGGAGCGAUUGAACGUAUACGGUGCGGCCAUCCGAGACGCCGUCACCAAGCAGCGGGCCCGCCUCGGCCGGAGGCCGCGCGUGCUGGACAUCGGCUGCGGCCUCGGGCUGCUCGGGGUGACGGCGGCUUUGGAGGGCGCCGACGCGUGGCUGCGCGAGGCGGUGCCGAUGAUGCGGCAGAUGUGCCGAGAGGUGCUCGCGGUCAACGCGCCCAUGAUACAGCGCAGCAAGGGGCUCGUGCAGCUCCUCCCGCCGAUGAUGUCCACCGACCUGAAGGUCGGAGAGCACACGGGGCAGAAGUUUGACAUCAUCGUCUCCGAGGUCAUGGACAUUUGGGGCCUAGGUGAAGGGGUCAUCCCAACGAUGAAGCACGCUCACGACAGGCUUCUUGCCGAUGGCGGCGUGAUGCUGCCGAGCCGCCUCGCCGUCAUGGUGCAGCCCCUGGAGCUGUCGCCGUGGGGCCCGCUGGAGAGGGAGCACAAGACGACGUUGGUUCCCCUGGCCAACGCCUUCAAGGGCAAGUUCUCGCCGAUGCGCAUUGAGCACUUCCCUCGCAGGUGGCUCGCGGACGAGCCGACACGGGCCCUAGACAUCGACCUGGCGGCCGUGCCGCCCGAGCGGGGCGGCGAUCAGCCCAACCUCGAGGGCACGACACUCUGCAUGCGGAUGGACAAGAAGCCCGCGCUAGCGGCGAGGAUAGCCACCAUGUCCAUCGACCACAGCGGCAUGCUUCACGGCUACAGCGUCUGGUGGGCCGCGGACCUUGGCAACGACCACGUCGUUUCGACGGCCCCGAGCUCGAGGCAGCGCAGCUGGAAGCAGCUGGUGCGCUGGGUGGACGAGCCCCGGCACGUGGGCGAGUGCGAGGAGGUGCAGGUGCUCGCCUGCUACAACGAGAGGAGUGUGAACGUCGAGGACCUCUUCGCCGCCCCGGGCGCCGCCGGGGCCCCGCAGCCCCUGCUCCUGGCAGCCGCCGCCCGCCGAGGUGACCCCGCCCCCCCGCCCGGCGCGGCGGCGCCCAGCUCCCCGGCGGCGGUGCCGCCCGCCACGGCGCCGGCCGCCGCGGAGGAAGAGCCGCUGCGUGUGGACUGAGCUCGCGGGCCAGCCCGCCCCCUGAGCCCGCCUGCGACCCCCAGAUAUCUGGGCGACCGGACGCCGGCCGCGGCCUCGAGUCCCCGCCCCCCGACCCGAUUCUCGGCGCGAGUAUAAGAGACCAGCUUGCAGCGCUGCGCCGCGCCGCGGGGCCGAUACACAAAAAAAUCCUACGUUAGCGUGGGCCUUUAGCCCGUUCGGCCGGCUGAAAUAACCCCGUCGUCGGUUUGCCGCUGCGUCGGCCCUGUUCUUCCGAGGCGGCUCGCUCAAGGCGCAUCGCCCUCCCUCGGCUUUCUACAUUCCUUUUGCCCGCGGCGUGCGCGGGGCGGGACUCACCGGGCGCUGGCCUCGGCCAUGUCUGGGCCCAACUUUGGAGUCGGCAACAUGCAGUGGCUCCCCCGCCGUCGGUAUUGUGACGGCGGCUUCCGCCCCCCCUUGCACAUUGGCGUGGUGACAGUACGGUCAGCCUUGUCGGCGUUGGC